CGAAACCCAAGUCAACAACUGACCUUACUGACACUCCACCAAUUCCAGAGAGUGGAAACGUGAAAUCAACAUGGCACAUCAACGCUACGACCCGCUGUACCAUCGCUCAGAAGAUACACUUAUUCCCACCUCGGGAAUAGAAACGAUUUCGACGGACAGCCGGAGCCUGCUCCGUGAAGGGGAUUCUGAGCAACUGCCCCUUGGGCCUCUCAACACUGAAGAUGGCUCUGUGCCGCCUGCUUUCGCUAGGAGACCUACGUCACCGGCCGCGCUCUGGGAGUUGUUUUUGGACCUUCUUUUUACAAUCCCGGCCAUUCUCUUCCUGGUCUACGCCGGCUUCGUGAGCGUACACGAUGGGGAACCUGUUGGUACAGACCCUGUGCCAACCCUGCGAAUGCUGGCCGGCUAUGGCCCUACCGUCUUUCCCAUUGUUUUUGCAGCCAUCGCGGCCAACUUGCUCAAGGCAAUUGCAGCGUGGAAGCUUGAGCGAGGAAUCUCAGUCCUCAGCCUCCAGUUCCUCUUAAGAAGCCGAACCGUCUUCAGCGCCUUCACUGCCCCGCUAAUUAUGGGAACUGCUUCUUAUAUAACGCCGCUCAUUCUGGUCCUGUGGGUACUCUCGCCACUCGGGGGUCAAGCUACCUUGCGAGUGUCGUGGAAUUUCCGCUAUCUCGACGUCCGCAGCCCGAUGCUCCACAGCGGUGCAUUGAGCUCAGCUGGAGCAGAGGUUCUUCCUGCUAUUAUUGGAGCCUUUACUGCAGCACUUGGAUCGCCCGAUAAGAUCAAAUCUGCAAGCCAGGAUGCCUUUGGGAAUAUCAAGAUUCCUAUGGUGGAGGCCUAUGAAGCAUCAAAUCAAACUCAAGCAAACGGCGGCUGGUACGACUUGACUGGAGAGAAAAACAUCACUUACUCGUCCAUUUCCGGGCUUCCUAUUUAUAUACCUGAUGGCCUUGGGCUACGCGGAAACCAUUCUUUCAAGAUGGAUACGUCGUACAUUUAUUACAAUUGUACUGUUUCCCACGGUACCGGGAAUUCAACUGAGUGGCGGGAAUACAUGUAUGCCCCCAACGCGUACACCAAUGGUAACACCAUUGUGUUGCUCGCUGGAUUCCAUGCUUUCAACUUGGUCAAAUUCAAUGUAACGCCCGCCGAAGUGAUCUUCACAACAUGGUCGAAUGCAACCAUUACCAACGCAACAUGCUCAUUGACAACGUCUUUCGUCGAAGCCGACAUCGAGUGCCAUCACUCGGAUUGUGGCGUGAAGCGUUUACGUCGCAUAGUUCGGCCUACGUACAUCACGGCCUUGACAGUUCUGGAUGGAGUUGGCCCUACUGGCGGGAUCGAUUUUAACAUACCGCAAAUGUUUUUCUUCCAAACCUUCGUCAACGCCACCAAUACAGAGUGGACCUCGAAAAUGGCGUAUAAGCGCUAUGGGACUCCAAUCGAAUACUACUUUACUAAUCCAGGAGCCCCUUAUUUGGAUGUCAUGAGUGUGGCCGUGAAUCCGCCAAGAAUCUGGACUUUGAGCGACGAGAUCUUUUCACAGCGUCUUUCGCAACUUUUGAACACAUUCUGGAUCGCGAACAUUGCCCCUAUUGCUUUUACCGGCAGCGUUGAGUUUCGUGAUAACGCCUCGUCCCAAAUUGAGGGAAAGCCUGCUGCUGUGGAUGCCGAGGGAAAAUUCACCCCCGACGUUUUUGUACUCAGGGCCAACAGGGCGUGGCUCGCAGUACUCGUCGUGUCAUCCGUAGCAAUGCUACUGGCGGCGUUUGCUGCGGCCUAUCUUGGAGCGCUGCGACGGGGUCCUGAUAUUUUGGAUUAUACAACGAGUAUCAUAAGGGACAAUCCUUACAUGGAUCUCGCCGAUAUAAACAAAAAUUCAAUGGAAGAGGGCUCGGAUCAAAUGAGGAGAUUGAAGCAUAUCCGGGUUUGCUUGGGCGAUGUCACGCCAGCACAGGAAAAGGGUCAUGUUGCAUUUGCAACAGUAGGCGAGGCAGUGCCGUUGGGUAGGCAGAGGCUCACACGGACAUAUGGAUAAUGAAUAGAUAUCUAGAGAGGGCGCAUCGUCUUCGUGACUUUUUGCUCAAGUUUUCCAACUCUCAUACGGGACACGUGAAUCCAUUACUGGGUGUGUACAUGUUGCCAAAUGCUAAUUUCACCUACG